GGCGUGGGGAUGUAAAUGUAUAUAUAUCCCUACUCUGGGGGCCUGAUUCCAACUCUUAGGCUUAUCCAUCUGGAUGUCCGUUCCUCCCUUGUACCUGACAAGCAGCCACUUGAUUUGACCAUGUCCCACUCUGGAGCCCAGGGCAGCAUUGGGAGCCACCCAGCCAUGGGGCUGCGUGCCCACAAAAUGUACCUGUUUGAGUUUGAGAACUUCCAGGGUCGUAUGAUGGAGUGCAUCACUGAGUGCCGUAACCUGUGUGAGAAGGGCUUCGAGAAGAUCGGCUCCAUCAGGGUGGAGUGUGGACCCUGGGUGGGCUAUGAGCAGCAGAACCUGAGCGGAGAGAUGUUCAUGCUGGAGAAGGGAGAGUACCCCCGCUGGGAUACCUGGAGCAACAGCUAUAGGUGUGACCGCUUCAUGUCCGUCAGGCCUGUUCGCAUGGACACCCAGGACCACAAGAUAUGCCUAUUUGAGUGUAAUAACUUUGAGGGCCGUAAGAUGGAAGUUUGUGAUGAGGAUAUCCCGAGUCUGUGGUCCUAUGGCUUCCAGGACCGUGUGGCCAGCAUCCAGGUCACUGGUGGAACUUGGGUUGGCUAUCAGUACCCCGGUUACCGUGGCUACCAGUACGUGUUCGAGUGCGCCGUCUUCAAGCAUUGGAACGAGUGGGGCGCCCACCAUCCCCAGAUCCAGUCCAUCCGUAGAGUGAGGGACAUGCAGACACAUCGCAGAGGCUGCUUUGAGUGGACCGUCUAGAUGGGGCCAGGCAGGCGACGGGUUGUGGGCCAGCAAGACAGAGGGGAACGGGUCUGGCUAGCCCUGGAGCUAACCAUUCCAGAGUCUGGAGUUCCAUCUUGGAUCUCCACACAGCCAACAUAAGCUAACAGCUAAUAACAUAACAUCACUGGCUCCACCUCAAUCACUUACUAGUUGUAACAUUCAGGGUGUGUACUGUAUUGCACAAUCGCUGAAUGAAGACAUUGCCACCUACUGGGAAAAGGUUGUUACUGCAGUUCACCUGCAACUGACUUCCACAAUGCCUGAAUAUAAUAAUACUGGUGAAACUGAUAGCUGUACUCUCUGUUCCAAGACCUGAUAGAAUUAUAGCAUGAGAAGAUUUAUGAUAGGGAUUUUAAUGGGGGAAAGGGAAUUAGUUAACAAAGAUUUUAAGAAGUUAUAUACCUUCAUUAGUUUGUGUUCACUAGUUUGUUUCCAUAUCUGCAAACCAAUUUAUUUUAUACAUCUUACUUACUUGUUUCUUAGCUAUAUACCAAAUGAUGCAGAAUAAGCCUGUUAAUUACAAUGCUCUACCCUCCUGCAAUCUAUGAAUGAUUUUAGAGAGUAGAGAUACUAGACACUCCACUCAAGCCAGUCCCUAAACUACCAUGGACGGCUGCCAGCUCUGUGCUGUGUCCGUGCCCUACAGUGAGCUCAAUCAUCCACAGGGAGACACUGUUUACCAAUGUACUCUCCCCAUGGCCACCAUCUAGUCUAGGGAUUCCACCUCAACCAUAAUUUCCCUAAUGACAUUCUACCUUCAAGGCUUCAAAGCUAUGCCCAUGACCCACUCGGUCGAGGGUAACAGACUCAGUUUAAGGCAGUGAGGCUGUCUGAAGGAGGAAGUGAGCUAGGGGGUAUGAUUGGGAGACAGGCUGCUGUAGACUACCUGGUAGUGUUUUUCUAGACAUGCCAACCUUUUGGGAGACCCCUCCCCCUCUUAAUGAUGGGGUUGCAGAGGAAUGUUGUUAUAUACACUAUAUAUUUCUCAGGGAUGCUGGCAUCUGGAAAUACACUUUCCAAUAAAAAAAACAAAGUGAAAUUGAUAAAGCUUCCUAACCUCAGUGCUGGACAUGCAGUCAGUGGCUCAUGUCAAGUUGCUUGUUUGACUUUUUGUUCUCUUGUGUGUUUUAUGAUUGUCUGUGGUGUUUGUCCCACAUUUUAAUCUAAACUAUGCUGAACAUUCAAACAAUUAUUGUACUCAAUAUAGAUAUCCUCACAAAGGCAAUCCUGCAUCAACAUCAACAGCGACAAAUUGUAACCAUGUCAUGUUCAUGCAAUCAGACAAAUAGUCCAUGAGCCAGACCCCCAAAUUUGGGCCCUUGGGCUCGUUGGGCCGAUGAUUUGUCAUAGUGAUUUUCUGGAAAGUCUAUGUCCAUAGAGUUGGAAAAUGUGUGAUAGUGCAGCAAUGGUAGCUUUCUGUGUGUUGUCACUCUAUCUUUCAUCCCUCCAUCCCAAUAAUUGUUUUCCCAUUGGGAAUUUACCAUAUGACGAACAAUGUAAGUAUACAACAAGUUAUUUCUCGCUUAUACCCUUUAAUCAUAUAUAAUUGGAAUGCUUAUUCACAAUUAUCCAUCAGACACAUUUUCAGAAAGUUCAGGUCAACAGAAAUUUGACCUCUGACCUCUAGGGUACAUAUCAUAAUGAAUUACCUGUAUAAAUGGCUUUAAAACAGGAACCCUGAUAAAUUUCAAACUUUGUUUGACAAGUGGUUCUGAAAGGCCAUGAAAUUACCAUUCAAAUUAUAUAUAAUAUAACCAACUUUGAAAGAAUCAGCUGCAACUAUUGUUUAAAUAUUGCCUAUAUUGUGCCAUUGACAUUAGAAUCUUGGAAGCUUCACCAUAGAAUUCCAUGAAAUGGGGCAGCUACACUACAGGUCAAAACACCUACUCAUUCAAGGGUUUUUCUUUAUUUUU